GCGAACUUACGGGUUGGCGAUUAUAGUGAGCUCUUGAAAACGGUAUCAGUUCAUCACAACACUCGCCAGUGUCCGUUUCGCAGUUCAUCGAUGCACACCCAGUAGUGGCCAAUUGUUCUAUCGACUUUCGCAUCGCUCCUCACCAUCAUGGCAAGUUGGGUGAGUUGUGCAGUUUUAGUGUUACUGACCGUGGCGUCCAUCCUAUCCACCACGGUCUAUGGAGCCCGACGUCCGAUCGAUCCUCACGAUCAACAGCAUCCACGGCCGGACCGUAGACUUAUGAAGAGUGAACCAGUGUACGACACGCUAGAGGAGGAGUCGGAAUAUUGGCGAACGGCAGCACAGAAAUCGCUGCAGGAGCAUACAACGCUCCCGAAAAGCGAUCGUCGAGCAAAGAAUGCGAUCUUCUUCAUCGGUGACGGUAUGUCACUCACCACAGUGGCUGCGACCCGUAUGUAUCUGGGCAACGAAAAUGCUUCCCUCUCGUUCGAACAAUUCCCGUACUUUGGCCUGGCCAAAACGUACUGCGUCAAUCGGCAGGUGGCUGAUUCGGCCUGUACCGCAACCGCUUACCUGUCCGGGGUGAAGAUCAACUACGCGAUGCUGAAUGUGGCGGCCAGUGUAAAACGGACGACGUGCGAGUACGAUCACGAGGCGACCGAGUUUAAGGGAUUGUUCCAGUGGGCCCAGGAGGCCGGCAAAGCGACGGGAGUCGUUACAAAUACGCGCAUAACGCAUGCAUCGCCGGCCGGAGCUUACGCUAGCAGUGCCGAUCGUGACUGGGAGGAUGAUAGUGAGGUGACUGCCGAUUGUCCCACGACAAAGGAGGAGGAUAAACCGAAGGACAUUGCCAGCCAGCUUGUGUACGGUAGCGUUGGGAAGAACUUGAAUGUGGUGCUCGGUUGUGGUCGGCGCCAUUUUCUACCGAAGGGAACAUCGGAUGAGGAUGGUAAGGCGGGAACGCGCUCGGAUGGAGUUAAUCUGAUCGACGCAUGGAAAGAGGUGCACAGCGGAAUGGGUGCGGCAGAGUAUGUGUCGGACAAGGCGAGCCUGAUGGAAGCGACCAAAACCAAAAAGCUGGACUAUGUGCUGGGGUUGUUCGACAGCAGCCACUGUCUGUAUAAUCUGGAGAUCGACGAACAGAACGUUGGCGAUCGGAAACCGAAGCUCACCGACAUGGUGGACGCUGCGCUGAGCAUGCUCGAGGGUAGCGAGAAGGGAUACGUGCUGUUUGUGGAAGGUGGUCUCAUCGACACGGCACAUCAUUCAAACCGGGCGCGCCUUUCGCUGGAGGAAACGAACGAAUUUCACAAAGCGAUCGAUAUGGCGCGCAAACGGACGAGCGUGGACGAUACGCUGAUUGUGGUAUCAUCGGACCAUAGCCAUACGCUCAUGUUCAACGGAUAUCCGACGCGUGGUAACAACAUUCUAGGCAUCGGUGACAUCAGCGACAUUGACGGCCUACCCUACACCACGCUUAGCUACGCGAACGGUGAAGGCUUCUCGCAGACCUACGUCGAUGGUAACCCGUCCAAACGCAUCGACGUGUCCGACUACGACUUCACCAACUACCGGCAGCGCUAUCUGGCCACCGUACCACUGUCGUCGGAAACGCACGGCGGUGAGGAUGUCGGUGUGUAUGCCAGCGGCCCGAGUGCCCAUCUGUUCGGCGGCAGCAUGGAACAAAACGUGAUACCGAUGCUGAUAGCUUACGCGACCAACAUCGGCAAAGAGUUCGGCUGGGUGACGAACGAGGAUGAACAUAACCACGGUGGUGCCGGCGAUCAUGACCAUGACGAUGAUGAUGAUAAUGGCGCGGCGGGUAUGAUGGGCAUUUCACACCUUCUGCUCAUGUGUCUAGCACUGGUUGGGACAUUCGGUCGGCAGCUGUACCGGGUAGCGUAUGUCCCUAAUGGUGGUCGUGUACCGGACGGGCACUCGCGACGAGGCAAGCAUGCAUCACUGCAAUCGAGCGCUUCCGCUGCUACCUCAAGAUCUGCAGCGCCUCAGGUGCAAGGUUACGAUGAUCGCGAACUAGAAACAGACUACUGGCUACAGCAGGGACAACAAACUCUCGCCCAGAAGUUAGCCACACCGCACAACACAAAUCAUGCGAAAAAUGUUAUCUUCUUCAUUGGCGAUGGAAUGUCCUCGCAAACGGUCGCAGCUACCCGCAUGUAUCUCGGUAACGAGGCAAACAGCUUGUCGUUCGAGAACUUCAAGGACAUCGGAUCGGUGCGUACGUACUGCGUUAACCGACAGGUUUCCGAUUCGUCCUGCACCGCCACGGCGUAUCUGUCCGGAGUGAAGAUUAACUACGGUAUGAUAAACGUUGCUGCCUCUGUGCCACGCUACACCUGCGAGUACGAUCGUAACGCGUCCGACUUUGAGGGACUACUCAAGUGGGCUCAGGAUGCGGGCAAGAGUACGGGCAUAAUCACAACUACGAAGAUCACGCACGCCACACCUGCGGGAGCAUAUGCAAGCACUGCCAACCGGUACUGGGAGAACGAUGUGGAGGUGCUGGAUGCUGAAUGUGAUCCGGACCGGGUGGACGACAUUGCCGAACAGUUGGUGGGUAAGGAGGUGGCCAAACGGUUUAACGUGGUGCUUGGUGGAGGACGUGGAAAUUUGCUCCCGGUAGAUACGUUGGACGAAGAGGGUAAGCCCGGCUAUCGGCAGGAUGGUAAGAAUCUGAUCGAACAGUGGAAGCAAACGCACGAAACGAUGGGACGAUCGCAGUACGUUUGGAACCGGGACCAGCUUCUAGCGGUGGACACUUCCAGCACGGACUAUCUGCUUGGACUGUUUGAAAGUGGGCACAUGAAGUAUAACCUAGAGCUGAAGGACAGCAGUGAGGCGAGCCGAAUGGAACCGACGCUCGAGGAGAUGACACGGACGGCGAUCGAGCUGCUGCAGAAGAACAAGCAGGGAUACGUGCUGUUCGUGGAGGGUGGGCUGAUCGAUGUGGCUCACCAUGAAACGUACGCCAGGCUAGCGCUGGACGAAACGGCUGAGAUGGCCAAGGCUGUCGAUACGGCACGCAAGAUGACCAGCGAGGAGGAUACGCUGAUCGUUGUUAGCUCUGAUCAUGCGCACACCAUGACGUACAACGGAUAUCCCAAAAGAGGCAACGACAUACUAGGCCUUGGUGACAUUAGUGACGAGGACUUGCUGCCCUACACCACGCUCAGCUACGCAAACGGAUUGUCGUACUACACAACGUACACCCAGGACAAUCUGGCCAUUCGGGAGGACGUGUCCAAGUACGACUACACCCUGAUGGAUCAACGGUACAUGGCGACGGUACCGCUGGAUGCGGAAACGCACGGUGGCGAUGAUGUUGCCGUUUGGGUAUCGGGCCCAAUGUCACACCUGUUCCGGGGCGUCUACGAACAGAACACCAUCCCGUACCUAAUCUCGUACAUCGCUCAGAUCGGAGAUUACUACGACGAUUCUAGCUCAGCCGGUACGAGCGUCGCAUUGCAACUGUCGCUCCUUCUCGGCUGUUCUAUCGCCGUACUAAUGAGACGUUAAUUAAUCCUCCCUGCUAUUGGAAACAAUGAUCGCCCAUCUGUCGACGGGCCUGUUACCGUUUUGAUCGAUGUAGUAUUAUCCACCGAGAGCUGAUGCGCGAGCAUUCGCAUGAUAAGAGUGUCGCUUAUCGCGGGGAACGGGUUGCUGUAAAUAGUGUCUAGCGUAGGUGCGCCUGGGACCUGUGAUGGUUUAAGGUGCUGAUGAAGUGAAUAUAUCAAUUGUUCGGUACUAAUCCUA